CCUUCCGCGACUCCCGCGCAUGCGUCCACCCCGCCCCGUCUCACCCCUGCCGAUGACGGAGAGCGACGGCGCCGGCGGCCGCCAUGGCGGCCCGCGUGCUGAUGACGCCGCGCAGAAAACAUGUAAGCAUACUGAUUCUGCAGCUGAUGUUCUGUUGCAAAAGAAAGGAGGCGCAGGAAUAAUAACUUUGAACAGACCCAAGGUUCUCAAUGCACUAAGUUUUUCGAUGAUCCAACAAAUUUAUCCACAAAUAAAGACUUGGGAGCAAGAUCCUGAAACUUUUCUAAUAAUUAUAAAGGGAUCUGGAGAAAGAGCUUUUUGUGCAGGCGGAGACAUUAGAGCUAUUGCAAAUGCAGGAAGAGCUGGAGAUAGAAUGACACGAGAUUACUUCAGAGAAGAAUAUACACUGGACAAUGCCAUUGGCACUUGCAAGAAGCCAUAUGUUGCACUUAUUGAUGGCAUUACAAUGGGAGCGGGAGUUGGCCUCUCAGUCCAUGGACAUUUCCGAGUUGCAACUGAAAAGACAGUCUUUGCAAUGCCAGAAACAGCAAUAGGCCUUUUCCCUGAUGUAGGUGGAGGUUAUUUCUUGCCAAGGCUUUCAGGAAAGAUUGGCUAUUUCCUUGGACUGACAGGAUUCAGGCUGAAAGGAAGAGAUGUGCUAAAAGCUGGCAUCGCCACACAUUUCGUAGAAUCAGAAAAGCUACCUGACUUAGAGAAAGACCUGAUAGCAUUGAAAUCUCCUUCAAAAGAAAAUAUUGCGGACUUGCUGAACUCUUACCACAUGCAGACCAAAAUUGACCAAGAAAAGGAGUUUGUGCUUGACGAACACAUGGAGAAGAUUAACAGUAUUUUUUCCGCAAAUAGCAUGGAAGAAAUUGUUCAAAAGUUAAAGCAAGAUGGUUCUCCUUUUGCCAUGAAGCAGCUAGAGACUAUUAAUAAGAUGUCACCUACAUCCCUAAAGCUGGCUCUCAGACAACUCAGAGAAGGCGCUUCCAUGAGCUUACAAGAAGUGUUCACGAUGGAGUACAGACUGAGCCAGGCGUGCAUGAGAGGCCAUGACUUCUAUGAAGGGGUUCGAGCAGUGCUGAUUGACAAGGACCAGUCCCCCCGCUGGAAGCCUGCUGUUCUGGAAGAAGUCAGCGAUGAAUUCGUGGACAGUUGUUUUAAGCCUCUGGGAAACAACGAUCUCAAGUUGUAAAGAUCACAUCUAUUGACAUCUUGCACAUCUGCUUCAUUUUACGGUAUAAAAACUAAUAACAGAACGAUGAAGUUUGACGAGGCUCUUAGCCAGCCUGACUUGUAACUCUGUUUUUCGCAUUCGGUACCGUUCUCUUUUGUUAUGCAGCUGUAACAACAACGUGAUUAUAUCUCUGGUUAAUAAGGGGAAGAAUUGCUUCAAGGCGAAUAGUUAUUCUGACUGCUGUUAGACAAUGAUUAAUGUUCAGCUUUUGGCCUCAGCCGUUAGGGGGAACCUUGUGGGGAGACAGCACGGCUCAGGGGUGGCCUAUGGAGCGGGAGGUGAGGAGCCCACGUGUUCAUGGCUCUGUUGCUGGGCUGUUGAAGUGGGAUUGGGCCUCGGAUUCUUCUCUGUGCAAUGAAAUUAAGAAAUACUUAAAGCAUUAAAACAGUCAGAGCUACAGAGUUAAACAUGAGGCAUGCUAACUUCAUGGUGUUAAGCGGUCUUUUAAAUCAGAGGUCAGACUGACAUAUUAUUAUUAGUCUGAGAGCAAGGAAUUGUUCUAUUGAUUUAACAUUUGGUCUGUGUACAGCUUUGCUGCGCGACGCAGACAUUCUUUCAAAUGUCAUAAUAGUGCCAGAGCCUCGAGCACAUUUCUCUUUGCUUGUAAAACCUAUUUUGUAAAAACGCCAUUGAUUGAAUUGCAUAAUGAGCUUCUCAUGA